AUGUCUCCCACGCAUCCGAAAUUCCGCCCACCGCCCAUUACACACACCGCCAGCCCUCUACCUCUCGUGGUCGAGGACGCCGGAGGGGCCGUGGCCGUUCUUAUACCUAGCCAAACACACGUCGAUCCUCUCGGUUCCCCUCGCGCGUCUCCUACGCCAUCACCUCCCAUGGUACCAACUUGCUACAAUUGUCGUGGAAUCGGGCAUCUCAGCUCAGCUUGCCCUCUCCCAAAUACACAAAUGCAACUCGACCACCUUGCUCGCCCACGCCCACAUCUCAUCUUGCAUCCACCUAAACCAACCCUAAAUGGGUUCUUGAUAGUGGAGCUACGCACCAUCUCACGACGGAUCUCGACAACCUAG